ACAACUGCAAUCAAAAGUAAAAUGGCGACCAUAGCAGUUAGAACGCGAAAAAGUAGAAAAUGUAAUCAAAACGUAUUUAAAUAGUGUUUUAUUAUACAUGUUAAUCUUUGAAUGCAUCGUUAUUUUAAUCUGAUAUUAUGCUUAUUUCUGUAAUGGCAGAUGGAAUAUUAUCAGUGUUUAAAUUACUAUAUUUAAUAAAUGUUCUGGUAACCUCAUUCAUCUUUCAUUUUCAUUCAAUCAGUGACCGAGAUAAUAUUAACUGAGUAAAUCAGUCAGACUAUUCAGACCUGUUUACUCUUACGAUUUUGGCGUACAAUGUAUGAGUUUGUGGUGUAUACCGUAUUUUCUGGCAUAUAAGAUUACUGGGCGUAAAAGACAACCCCCUUACUUUUCCUGUUAAAAUCUUGGGUUUGGGCUGUAUACUAGCUCAUAAGACUAGAUUUAGAUACUUCGAUGAAACAAGGGAGACUACUAUUUUUCUGCCGACACGUUCGCUGUUUUGUUGCGUUUAUUUUUUCAGGUUUAACCCUACUCUGUCUUACUAAUUUUAUUUCAAAAAUUAAAAACUCGGAUUCUUCUGCGCUGACUUCCAUUUCCCAUACAAAUUUUGAAGUUGUCCCCCUUGCUUAACCAAAGUGCCUGUGAUAAGUCAAAGUUUGUCAGACUCAAAGAUUUUUUUAAUUAGGGGCCUACAGUUAUAAUUAAUCAGGUCAAAUUAAUUGGUAUUAUUACAAAAAUUUAGACUCUGUAGUGAAGGUGAAGGAAAAGUGUCACAAUCUUUAUUUAACACCAAGUAAACACUUGCCCUAUGCCUAUAGUCACUGUAGUUAGUUUUAGCCUAUUGGCAUGGGAACUAUGUGUUGUUUUUUUUUAAAAAUAUUUAUAAAAGGGAGGGGACAUUCGUCAUUUGUCUUGGAAUGAAAAGUAGUCAAGACUCAAAUCAGAAUGUAUUUAUAACUAUUUUCAUUCAAUAGAACAGUUUUGUUUUGAAGAUCUCUCCAGACAAUUUAAUUGAGUUAGUUCAUUUAGUCUAUUUUUAGUAAGAAAUGUAAAUGUAAAGCUUAAAAAGUGUCACAUUGAGGGGUACUUUAAAUAAAAUUUAUUAAUUUUAUUUAGCCUUGGGCCUAGUUUAAUUUUAGACAUUACACAAGUUAACAUUGAUUGGAUUAUAAUUUAUAUUCAUGCAUUUUUACAGACUAUUGUAAAUUAUGAUGUAGGUGUUUAUCUGUCUGUUCAUUUUUUUUUUAUAGGGUUUGUUAUUUAAUGGGGAAAUCAAUUAAUAGCACAUCCAAUUAGUUUGGCCAAUCUCAUUUAAUGGCAAAUAGAUAUUAAAAUAAAACAUCUGGGCAUUCAUUCAGUUUGGCCAAUCUCUCAAUGGCUGUUCGGUACUUCUGCAGACUUGUGUACUCUGAUAAUUUUGGCAUACAAUGUACGAUUUUGAGGUGUAAACAUUUUUAUAAUGUAUGUUUAUUUUUUGCUAUAACUAUAAGGUAUUGAACGAUUUUGUGAUUAUAUUGUACGAUUUUAAGAGUUUGAGGGUACCCACAGGUCUGCUUCUGUGUUAAUCUGAGUCAGCAAAGUGGGCUUGGCCUAGGCCAAAACCAAAUAUUUUUACUAACAAAUUAUUACUGAUAUAUAUAUGCUGAAAUACAUUGUUAGCAGCCAUGUUUUAUGAAAACCUUGUCUAAAAAUGACAUUUUCCUUUCUUAGAUAGCCCCAGUUGAUAUUUUCAACCUUAAAGGUAUUUUAAAACGACAGAUUUUUUAAAAAUAUUGGCAUUGUCAGUGCAAGUUACGCAAAUUAAUGAUUUUGUUUUACAAUUUCAGCUGAUGGCAUUGCUUAUAGUGAACUUUCGCUGCGACAAAAUGCGUCUAUUCUCGAAUAUUGCAGGACAUCAAUAUCAGCCUUAUCAGGGGCCACAGCAGGAAUCAUGGGAUUGACGAGUCUCUGGGGAUUUAUAUUUUAUUUUAUCACAGCUGCAAUGCUAUCGGUAAGAAAUAGUCUGGCUUGAUUCCCCCCCUAUAUAUAUCAAUAGUGAAUUGUUAAUGGCUUCGUUAUUAAAGUAGAGCCUAUUAUUUUACUACUAAGUGAAUUGUUUUCACAUAAUAAUACUGAAAUUUGAUUAAACCUGAUAUUUAUUACACACUUUUUUUUGUGUGAAGAUUACAACCUUAUUCGAAGCAUCUUAUAUUUCAAAGGUGUUCUUACUUAUGAAGGCUGGAUCUAAAUGGAAUACGUUCUUCAUGACAAGAAGAACUUUGUUCAGCAACGGUCUUUUGGGUGGUCUUUUUGUAUCCUUUACUUUCUGA